AUGGAAGUUAUAGAGGAUGGUAAUAUAAUGGACAGGAUUCCUAUCCUGUUACAGAGGAAUUUUGAAUACUAUCAGACAAAUCAAACGGUAUUGUCAGAAAAUAUUUGUCGAGCUGUUGUGGGUGGUAGACUAGAUUUCCCGAGAAGUGCAUCAUUUGCAGCAGUUAAAAUUGUACUAUGGUUGGAAGAAGAGUUUUCUAUCGCAUUUCAACAUGGUUCUGGGAUGUUUGUAACAUUAGAAGAUGAAAAGGUCGAGGGAGGUGUUGCUAAAACUUCUGAUCCUGAUAAAUUUGCUCAGUUGGCUACAAAAUCAAGUGAUUCCUUAUUAGAACAUCUCCAUGUCCUAACACAAGAAGCACUCGAUCACGCAGAUUUACCAGUACUGACGGCUACAUUAGGAGCUGCUGCCUUGUUGAAAAAUAGUCUCUUUUGCUACGUUCAACACGUCGAAGAUUCUGGCAAUACCGAAAGACAUUCGAUAUUGCAGGCCGCGUAUAAGCGCUACGCGACGAUGUCUGAAGCAGUAGGAGAAAGAGUACUAGAUCUUCAUAACAGAGUCUUAUCUCUGUAUAUAUUACAAGAUUCGGGUGGGAGACCGAUAGAUGAUCAAUCUAAUACUAUUCACGAAUCUGGUACUCCGUCGGUGCAAGGAUGGUGGUUGUAUAUGAACGGUAGCAAGAAGGAUUUAUGGGACACAGUGCCUCCAAAAAUGGCCCAAAGAAUUUUUGCCGGAAUGUUGAAUGAAACCCUAACAAUACUUACAGUUCGAUAUUGUCAGACAAUCACAACAAACACAACAACGCCCCUCUUAAUAAACGACAUUCUGAACAUUUUACUCUGCGUCGCUCAACUACUACCCGCUAUAUGUUCGAACGGUUCAGACCUGGCCGGCCUGGAAUCUUCGAAACAGUCACGUGACGUCAGAGAUGUGCACGCAAAAUGCAAUGAAUUGUUCAAGUGCAUGGUUUAUAGGGGUUCAGAACUACAUUUUUUACAUCAGGCGUUUAUGGAAUCUGAUGAAAUUACUUUCACAAAAGACACGCCAUAUCCGUGGUAUACAUUCGUCAGUCCUAAUCUCUUUGAUGGUAUAAAUGAUAAAAUAGCAAAGAAAACGCUAGAUUUAUCAACUAAAACAGCUUUGGGAUUGGAAUUAAUGGUGUUGUUAGCAAAACCACAACCAUCUUGGGCUUCAGUUGUGAAGGUGUUGAUGAUGCGAAAUUGUCAUCUAUCCGGCAUUUUACUUAUUCACGCUAUUCGAAAUAUGUCGGUUGAUAACUCUCGUUGGCCAGCCGAUGGAUUGUGGUACAAUAUGGACGGCCGCAUGAAGAAAUGUGAAGGAUUCCUGUGUACGGCUGACGGCUUUUGUAAAUUCAAAGGGGAUAACGAUGGUAUGAAUUUCUUUCAGGGAAAUAAAAUAUGGUAUUUGACUACUAGUGAAGAAUACGCUCGAGCAGUCGGCGCUUUAACGUAUAUAUUGAUAAGUGUUGGCAGUAAAGCUGAACUGAAAUCCACGCUUUGUUAUGCUUUAGAAAUAUCGGGACGGGAAUGGGCAGCUUGUUUGGAUAAACGACAGGUCUGGUGUGAUCGUAGACCGCCUUGGUUGGCGGGUUUGUUGGCAACAGUUGGUACUUGUUUGAAUUUCAUUCCACCCAUUUUGGUUAACGCUAUACAAACUGGCGCGUCUAUGUAUCAGACAAUGUCUUUAUGCCUUACGUGUAUAUCUAGAACGCUGGAUUGUGUACCACGUUGCGUUAUAAAUGCAGCAUCUUUACUAGAAUCUACUCUCCCAUCUCAAGUAAAUCCGGUUGGCGGUUCAGUGUUGUUACAAAUUUUGAUCACAAUAACAUACGAGGAAUUACAGAAAUGGGCUAAGAAGGAAAUUAUUAGUGAGAAAAAAGUUACUAACGGCGACGCUCACGAUAUGAAUGUAAGGCAGAAACCGAAAACAAAGCAAGUCAGAAUUGUAUCUUUCAAUCAAACGACGACGUCAUCAAUCUCAUUUGACGGUAGUCAAAGUUCGCCAUCAUCUAUAGCGUUGGCAAUAGCAGAGGCUCUAUGUUCGAUUGACGAAGAUCACAAACAUACAUCCGAAAUAGAGAAUCUAGUGGUACAAUCUAAGAAGACAUAUUCUGUCAGUAACAAAUUCGGUCUUGAAGAUUUUCCGGAUUUCGCAGAGUUUUUUGAAGAGGGAAAUGUCCCAGCUUCGAAUUCUGAACGUGAGAGCGAUGCCGCGGCUUUAACUAGUCAAAUACUCAUGACGUCAGCAGGAAGAGAUAGUUUGCGGGUAAUAUACGACCACCUGCAAUUGCAUUCAGAGAGGAUUUACAAGGAGUUGGGACUACAAGAUCAAUCCGAGUCAGACAUAUCGUCAAACAAGGCGCCACUGUUGUACAUUAUGUUUCAUAUUGGAAAGCGACCGUUCGAUCAGUACUUUCGCGGCAACUGGACAAUCCAUUGGAGUAAAUUAGUAAGUCUAGCUAAGGCAUGGUCAGGAAUAGAGGGCGCUAAAGUGCAUGUAAAUCGACGGAAUGAUAUUCGUAACGUAAAAACAAGCAAGGACAAGCAACUCCUGGAGUUAUACAAUGUAUUCAAGUCCCCACCGGAAGGAUUAUUGUAAAAAAAGAAGAAAUCAUUUUAAUUAUUUCGGCUUAUUGCAAUAAAGUUAUAUAAUACGUUAUAUUACAAAAAUUGUUUUUGUCGCAUUGUUUUAUAAUGUUAUUACUAAAUAAAUUGUUCUAGCUUUUACAAUAGUUUUACUUACGUUUUCAAGUUUAAUAAAUUCAGUAAUAAUUUCC